AUGAAGUUACUAAAGUUCCACCUUCGGUAUCAUCCCCCAGGCCUGGUGCUGGAGUAUAUUCAAAAAGGUCUCAUAAAGAAUAAGGAUAUUGAUAUUCUGGACAUGAACUGCAAUACCGACAUUCAAGAAUUGGCAACGAAGCUCUAUCAACGCGAGGUUCUGAUCACAGAUGAUGUUAGGAACCAACUGGAGCAAUGUUUGGAGACUUUAAAGAAGCGAAUCGAGCAUGAAGGCCCAAUGGGCAAGAGGUUUUAUAUUUACAAGACAUUGGUCACCCACGUUUUGCCGCUUACCAACGUUUGCUUUGAUAAAAUUGGAAAGAGAUGUUUGUCAGGAAGUUACGACCGGACCUGUAAGGUUUGGGAUGUGGAUUCAGGCAAAGAAUUGAAGACGCUCGCUGGUCAUCAAAACGUUGUAUAUUCUGUGGCGUUUAAUUUUCCAGCCUGUAAUCGCGUAAUAACAGGAUCCUUUGACAAGACGGCUAGAAUCUGGAAGCCUGAGACGGGUGAAUGUCUGGCGACAUUAUGGGGUCACGCUGGCGAAGUGGUUGCCGCCCAGUUCAGCGCGAAGGGAGAUCAUGCAGCCACUGGCUCUAUGGAUACCACAGCUAAGCUCUUCGACGUUAGGACUGGCACGGAGAUCAACACAUACACUGGGCAUACAGCGGAGGUGAUAGCUCUUCAGUUCGACCCUAAUGAAGGACAGCGACUCAUUACAGGAUCUUUUGAUGGCACCAUCUCUAUAUGGGAUACGAGACUUAAAGAUCGUGUAUCGGUACUGAGAGGCCAUGAAGGUGAAAUAUCCAACGUCCAGUUCAACUGGGACAGCUCCCUUGUAGGAUCAUCUUCCCUGGAUGGGAGCGCGAAGCUCUGGGACGCUAGGAAGACAGAAUGUCUUGCAACUGUCGCGGGGCACACGGAUGAGGUGCUAGACAUCUGCUUUGACUGGGCCGGUCAACGCAUGGCAACAUCUUCGAGUGACUGUUCAGCUCGCAUCUAUGACGUGAAAUCGGAUUUCAAGGAGCUGGCUGUCAUGAGGGGACAUAGGGAGGAGGUUUCUAAGGUGUGUUUCAGUCCAGCUGGUGGAUGUCUUUUGACAGCUUCAGCAGACCGCAGUGCGAGAGUUUGGAACACUAACACAGGCAACUGUUUGCAGGUCCUCUCCGGCCACUGUGGGGAGAUUUUCUCGUGCGCGUUCUCCUACGCCGGCGAUGCUAUCAUUACAGCGUCAAAAGAUAAUACAUGCAGGAUCUGGCGGUGA